AUGAUCAACCGGCUGGGUGACAAGAGUGGCGUCGGUUACGAUAGGUUUAUGAAGAAGCGUAUGUUCAAAACCUUUAGAGCGAAGGCACUUAGUUCCUUCGUAGAUUCUGCGCUAGAUAAUCGUGGCAACGCUCGAACUUUAGCAACCUCUGCUAAUAUAAUAUGCUCCGGACGCGCGAAGCUAGAUUCUAAAACACGUAAGACCUCUUGUGGAUCCCUCGCAGCAGCCAGCAAGACCACCACCGCCUCGCGGGCAGGUCCGCGUAAAGCAGCAUUUAAUCUUGCUAGAUUUUCAGAUGAGGAGAAAAAGAACAAACACGGCGCCGAAUUGGGUGAGUUUGUUGACGUUGUAAAGAAAAAGCCCAAAAAGAGAUUGGCGUUACCAACUAAUUUUGUGCUGAAACCACAGGGUGAACAAGAAGUAGAUGAAUAUCACGAUAAGGAGGAAGGUGGUGGUGAUGAUUAUUUUGAUAAAAAGGAAUGGUCCGCUACUGGAACCUCUGACCCUCAUCCGGAAAGCAGUGAAGCUAAUAAACCCGAAGUGGAUAAAACAGAUCCCGCUAAGCUGGCAGAUAUCGACGGAAUAGUCAAUAUAAUAACUAAACAGGAAGCGCACCCCAUACAGUCUGAAGAUAAAAUAAAAUUUGAAAGUGUAGAAGAUAAAAGUAGUGAGAACAAAAAGGAAAGCGAAGAGUUGAAAGAACUAGACGACGUGAAGGAAGAAAAACAUGAGGGCGCAAGUGAUAGCAAAGUGGCAAACACAGAUACCAAAAAGUACGAUGACUAUGAUUAUGAAGAAAAAGAAAAAACGAGCAAAGAAAAAUUGGAUCAAAGCGAAUCGGAGGCAAAGAAAGCUAAAAUUUUAGACAGCGUCGAUGAAUUAAAGGAACGCCACGCGGAAGAACAAAGACAAAUAUCGGAAAAAAUAAAAGAAGAAGAAUUAUUUAAAGACGAACAAGAGAGAAACUUGGAACGAUUUCCUCGUCGGGAAUACGAUAAAUACGACCUCAAGGAGCCUGAAUGGCGGAAAGGAAGUUCCGAGUACGAUGAAUACGACGAAAAAUUGUUAGAUGUAAGAGAUAAGUACAAAAUAGUCGCAAAGAAAUCUGUAGUAACAACUCCAAAGCCCAAAGCAGUGGAGCAACCGCCUCCAAUUAAUAAAAUUUCCUUGUUUUCAAACCCUAAUGCAUUCUUGAUAAGAGAUUAUGAGGAGAGCGAAGAGAAACCGACUACAGGUAAACCUAAGCGAAAUAAAAAUGCAAAAGAUGAGACAUCACAAAAGUUCUCUUCUCGGUAUCUUGAAGCAGAUCCAAAGGAUAAAGGUCGCGUAAGAAUAUCAUUAGUGCCAGAGGAGAAAGACUCAAAGGAGGGUGAACCGACUUUAUUCUUCCCGAAAAAGAGGUUAGGCCGAACAUGGAGAGCAUGGGAAGAAGGCAUACGAGGUGGUUGCACCGCACGAGUGCGCUGGCUUGCGGAGAGGAAAUUUCUCACAUCUGCUUCACUGGGGAAACACGAAGAUACAAAGACGAAGAAGGGCUACCACGACCGGGAAAACCACAUCGGAAAGUACGACGAUCAGGGUGGCAUCGACAAGGACCACCACGACGAAUCCCAACACUACGGCCACCACCACCAUGAGGAGCAUGGCAAGAAACACGCUAAGUACGAAGAGUCCGGCAAGCACUCAAAAGGACACAGCACAAAAGGCAGCCACGAUAUCCACAAGAAAGAGGAAUAUGAAAAGAACGUUGAAUUCUUCGAAGAGGAAGGCGACGAUGAUGAGGAAGAGACACAUGGCGGCCAUCACGACGAGAAGAGUCACGCGGAGGGCGGACUCUUCAAAAAAGAAAACCUCGAAAGUGGUCACGAAGGGCACACAAAAGGUGACACCGGUCACUACAGCAAAGGCGGGUUUGGGCAUUACAACAAGGGCCACAAAUCAUCAGGCGGACAUGACGGCCACGGGCGCCAUGGUAGAGAGAAUCACCACACUGAAGGCAAAGACGCGGGCAAAAAGUGGAUCUACCAUCACGGAGCACCCGCCCGCACCGCACACCUCAAGCCUAUUGACCGCGCAGACCCUCGACUCUUCCGCCCUAGGUUUUUCUGAUAGGGACAUGCCUCCCACACAGGAUUAUCUCAAGAAACAUAUACGUGCGGUUGCGAAACAUCUCA